GAGACUAAAUGUGAAAUUUUAGUAAUAAAAAAAUAUUUCUCAAUCUGGAAGCAAAUAUCGUUAAUUUUGAAAUUGGGGUUGAAAAAAUUUCAGAGAGUAGGCGCUGUAGUCGCUAUUGCAGUUUUUGUUCGCGCUUUUUUGUGCAAUGCUUCAGCAAAAAAUUUUCAUACCAAAAAAAGUGCUGUAUUUGAGAAUUUUCCAGUGAGUUUUUGGUUAUUAUAAAAGUAUCCCAUCUCUAUCUACGUGUAUCUGCAAUGAAUGAAUUCAGGGAUUCUCCGGACGUGAAAAGCCCGGAUCAUCAAGUGCGAGACGGACCGCCCUUUGAUGUGUCAAGUACUCCAGAAUCGACAUUUCCGCAAUUCUCAGACACAUCCCCGCCCGUGAGGUACGACUGGUGCAUCUCACCAAUACGGGAUUUAAGAUUCCACACACCGCACCAUAAAUCUCGCCCAAGAAAAACUAUCAAUUCCUUUGAGUGCCCCCAAAGUGUACCCAGACGCCUGCCUGAGCCUCCAGAUGGCCAGGCAAAUGUGAAGAGAUUACUCCACUGGCGCCAGAAGCGUCUCGACAUGGAGAAGAUCCGCGUGGACGGCGCAAAUGGCGUUCGAUUCACGGCCCGAAGGGCCAAAGGGUGCUUUACACCAGGUAGCACCGGAAGCCCAUUCACUAGUGGUUCUCUGGUGGCGUCAGCUGCAUCAGAAUCCCUCAUGCGAAUUCCCAAGUCAGAAAUAAAUCCAAAUAAGGCUGUUUUCACAAUUGACUCAAAGACUUCCCAGAUCCUAAUUGUGAACAACAAUGCAUGUUUGUUGCUGGGUUUUAGUUCGAGGGAAUUGUGUGAGAUGCAAUUUGGAUCAUUGUUAGCUAAUAAGAACAAGCAACAUGUUUCAGCUUUGGCUGAGGGGCAGUUAAAUAGUGAAGAUGGUACGAUGGUAUUGUUGAGUGGAAAGGUAGUUGAAAUGAAUACUAAAGCUGGGAAUCCAAUUGCUGUCUCUCUGUGGAUACGGCAGAUAGAUUCAGAGGGAAGGUGCCUGGCAGUUGCUGAACCUGUUGAGAGAAGAGUAGCUGAAUUAGUGAUUGAUCGUAGUGGUUUUGUAGUUUCUGGAGAUUAUGACGCGCUAUUGCUAUUCCAACUAGAUUCUGCUGAUCAGUUCAAAGGGAUGGAUGUUACCAGUUUGAUUCCUGCCAUUCAUCUACCAGAUCCUGAUAAUCCUGGACCCAUUCCCAAGCAUGUUCGUAAACAAAAAGCCACUGGGAGGACUUUUGAUGGAAUAUCCUUUCCACUCUGUCUCAUGAUCACGCGUCAAGAGCCUGGUGAAGAGGAUGAUGCUUCUGCUCCUCUGUACAUUGUAACAAUUUGGGUGUUUACCAAUCUCAGUGGCCUGGUAGUGAUAGAAGAAUCUGGAAUUAUUGAAUCGUGCAAUCAUCAUUUUUCCAUGUUAAUGUUUGGCUAUGCACAGGGAAAGAUUCUAGGGCAGCACAUUACAAAAAUUGUUCCGAAUUUUGGUCAAGAACUUGAAUAUGUCGGGUACAAUCGUAGUCGCAAUGCCACAAUUUCAUCCUUGGGAAAUGAGGAGUCAGAAACGGAAACUGAUCCAGUUUAUGUUGAACGAACAGAUACAAUGUCCAAUUCUGCAGAUGCUGGGAAGGUUUGCUUAGAUUUUACAUCAUCGAAAGUUAGUUGUUCAGCCAUUUCUGAACUUUCUGAUGACAUGAGCAACCUGAAAUCUCUGUCCAGUGAUACCAGAUCAGAUAUGGAGGCAUCCAAUGUAGCUGCAAUGGCAAAAUCUGUCUCUGAUCAUGUUCUAGCAGCUGAAAAUUACGAAAAUAAUAAGAAUGUAGCCAAUACUGUUAACAAUUUAAUCAAUUCUGAGUGCAUGGGUUUCACAAAGGAACUCAAUUGUGCUCCUGUAGCUGCUCCAGCUGAUUCUGAUCUUCUGACGCCAGUUAAUGAAACGGACAGAAGCUACUUGAGUGCCACAUCGCAGCCUGAGGAGUUGAAUAAUCUCUCCCAGGGAGCUAAGAAACCUCAACCGCCCAACAGUAGGAAUGUCAUGGAAGUCAGGAGAUCUUCAGCUACCAGGAGGAGUCAGCCUCCUUUUACGGAUGGAAAGUACAAAGGGGAGGCUAUUCACUGCGAUGGAAACAUUAUAGACAUCCUGUAUACCAUCUCAAGUCAGACGCUCCCGUGUGGAGGGAAAGUAUACUGUGUGUGGAUCUGUAGAGAUCCAGACACUGACUAUGAGCUAAAUGACGAAGAAGAACGACAUCAGAAUCUCACGCUGACUUUUAAUAGCGUCACAAGUACAGUGGAGAAUUCCCUGGGGCAGGCGAUUAAGGUGACGGCUGCCCAGAAUACCAGCCGUCCCAAUUCCAUGUCCCUUGUGUCCCAGUGUGAAGAGGAACAGAUCAGUGGAGAAUUUAAUAAGCAUUACACGACUCUCAAGCAAAUCGGUAAAGGUGCUUAUGGUUAUGUGAAGAUGGCUUACAGGAAUUCUGAUCGUUUGCUGGUAAUUGCCAAGUUUAUUCUAAAAGAAAAACUCUGCCCACAAUUUAUGGUGAUGACUGAGGAAAAAAGAGAGGUGCCAAUGGAAGUGUACCUGUUGACAACGGUAAAGCACCCGAAUAUUGUCCAAGUGCUUGAUGUCUUUGAGAAUGAUAAGUUCUUUCAACUGGUAAUGGAGAAACACGGAUCAGGAAUGGAUUUGUUUGAAUUUAUUGAUCGAUUGCCGAUGAUGGAUGAAAAAUUGGGCUGUUACAUCUUUAGACAAAUUGCCGCAGCUGUAGACUAUUUGCACAGCCUGAAGAUCCUCCAUCGAGACAUCAAAGAUGAGAACAUCAUCAUUGACCACAAUUUCCAUGUAAAACUCAUUGAUUUUGGUUCGGCGACUUUUAUGGAAGACGGAAAAUUAUUUUCAACAUUCUUCGGCACCACCGAAUACUGCAGUCCGGAAGUCCUUGCGGGAAAUAAAUAUGCCGGACCAGAACUUGAAAUGUGGUCACUGGGAGUGACACUGUACGUGAUAAUGUUCUUUGAGAAUCCCUUCGUGGACGUUGAGGAGACUCUUCAUGCAGAUCUUGUGAUGCCACAUAAAGUGUCGGCUGGACUGGAAGCCCUACUGAUCACGAUGCUAGAUAAGAAUCCCAAGACAAGGUGCACAAUGAAGCAACUGAUGACUGAUCCAUGGCUGACGCAGGAGAUCAAUACGACCAUGUUCAAUUUCUCUUGGAUUGUUCCCUGUGAACCACAUGAGGAGAAUCCAGAAAAGUAUUACACUGGACAGAUUUACUCUAGCACAACGGCUCUGUCUACAACAUCGCCCCAUGAUAGCCUUUCUCUGGCGGAUGACGAUUCAAUGAUCGAUGCUGAAGGGGAUGAUGAAGAUGACGAUGCUGAUGAAGAAGAUGAGACAAGCUUACCAUCGCAAAAUGAGCAAGGUUUCAUGAGAGCAAAAGCAUCUGGAGGCACUAGGGAGAAGACAGAAGGCGCAGAGAUGGCCAGUGCAGGUGAGGCUGACUUGGGAAUGGAUGAGAGUGGCAGACGGGUGGCGGAAGUGCCAGCGAGUGAAGGUAACGGCCUGAUGGGGCGUGCUUUGGGGGCGCCCGUGGACGCAAGUGUGUUAAUGUGUGUAAAUAGUUGUUGUGAGGGCGACCAGGCGCGCCUGGCCUUUGUACAUAGUCACCCAUUUGCUGAGGACAAGUAUGCCAUACGUCAUGUAGCGCAUCGCAAAAAGAUGCACCGUGGGAAACGUCAGGGAGUACCUAAGCACUUCCGGCACUCCUACCGCGGUGAUCUCGAUGGUAACUGUAGCUAUUCGGACGUGAGUAUUACGCCAGCUGAUGAGGAUGUUAUGUCUAAAUCGGUGACAGAGUUGGAGAUGGAUGCUGUUACUGUGGAUCCGCGCAAAGAGAUAUCCACAGAAGCUCUACCAUCGACCAAAGCCAUGUUCAUGCUGAAAUCUGAGGCAUUGGCUCUGUCAAAGUCUGAGAAUAAUAUCUUCGAGAAGCAAGUUGGUGGAGUGUCCAUUUUUGAUGUGGUGAGCAUGAGUGAUCUCAAUGAACCGUCAGGAGGAGCUUUUCCCAGCUACAUGAAUGACCUGUCCAAGACACAGAUCUUAAAUCAGAUUUCAAAUGAGGAACUCGUGCGAACAGCCACAGUGGCUACUGGAGCCGUGCGCUACAAUCCUGAAAAUCUCACAGAAUCCCUCACAAGUGACUAGAGCGCGCCUCGCCAAACCUGUGAUUCGUCCUGUCCACGUUUUUUACUUCAUCUGUAUUUUUUGUCUUGUUUAGUGUCUUUUAUGAUUUUUCCGUGCCUUGUUUUGCUGUCCACAUUGUGUAGAAUAUUGCCAAGGGGUUACGUGUUUCUCGAAUUUGCAUUGGAAUUGGAAAAUAUGUAAGCAUUUUAGUAUUAUUCAGAAAAAAAAACAGUUUAUAACAUUCCUAUAGGAAGGUGAACGGGCUUCCAAUCCUCAAAUAAUACGCAAAGAAAACUCAAAAAAAAAAUAGAAUCACUUUUUCAUAUUUUCUUACAGCGUUAUGUUUAUUUAUUCUAGAUUCCAAUAUGAACUUCUUCCCAUUAUUAUAUAAAUUUACAAUUUAUUUCCAUUUUAUUUAUUUCUUUUUAAUUAUGAAAUAAAAAUUUGAAGCCUUAAAUAAAUAUGGUAAAUUAAGCUAAUUCAAAACCUGCUCCAAAUGGAAAUUUUUCGCUACUCCAAAUGGAAACGUCAUUGUUUUCACGAUGAAUAGAGUACUAAAUUAUUAUAUUUAUAUAUUUUCUAUACCACAGUUUCAUUAUUUAGUUUAUUUUUGCUUCAAAUAAAGCGACAAUCCAUUCAUAUUCACAAAUUUUACUUUCAUAAUUUCUCAGAAGAAUUAAAAGUGUACUUUAUCACCAUCGAAUUUUUCAUCAAUUAACCAUGUUUUCUAAUGAAAAACACAAUUAAGUGACUAUUGUUUAUUCGUUUUGUUUAAAAUUUAUCUCAUAUUUCUGGCUAAUUUUAGUUAAAUUAAGUGCUACUCCUUAUUGUUAACGGUACGUGAAGUUUUCAAAUGAAAUAAUUACCUAUUUCGUGCACUGAGAGAAACCCGAAAAAGUUAAAAUAACAUUUCCGGAAUGUUAAUUUUACCCUGCAGUAUUGAUCCGAAAUCGUUGUAAAUAUUACCCUUUUUAGGUGUAUUAGGGGUUAAAGUAACCCUCUUUCAUGUUAAUUUUACCCUUAAAAAGGUGUAAAAUUAACAUUAAAAAAUGUUGAUAUAUUUUUACACCUAAAAAGUGUUAAAAUUAUGAGAAAAAAAAGUUAAUCGCACCCUCUUUUUUUUCUCAGUGUGAAAAAAAGGGUUUUUCUGAAGUGUCUGCCAAUGCUUCAAUAGGAAACCCCGGAAAUAUAUCAUUUUUUUGGAGACAUUUUCUUAUUGAUUUAGAUAGGAAAGGAGAAAAGACCAGGAAUAAGAACAAAUCCUGCACUCAAAAGCAACUCAACAAGCUUUUGGAAGCCUUUCGUCGCGGUUUCACUUACACUGUUUGUCUCCAAUUAGAAACUUUCCCUUGUCUCCAUUUGGAUUAAUUUGUUUCCAAUAGAAGCAUUUUACACUCGCGUAUUUUUCUUGUCUUUAAGAAGUUUUCAAAUUAUAUCUAAAGAAUUUUCACUAAACAGUAACAUUCUAGAAGAGUCAAGGAGCAAAUUUAUGUAAUUCUCUUCAGAAAAAAUAUGAACUUAAUGUGUUGAAUCUUCUGUCAAAGUUAAAGUGUCUGGAAAAUGGUUUUGAAUUAGGACAUUUAUCCUAAUCUUAUGGACUUUGAUCAAAAUUUUAAUUCAGUUGAUUUAAAUAAAGUAUUUCAAGAUCGAAUCAAUUCUUCGUGAAAAUU